GCUCUCAACUGAUCUAUGGCCAGAAGCCACGACACACCAGCCAGACCCUGUUCUCCCUUUUGGCCAGCGUGGGGCCUUGCCUUGUGGAGGCGGGGAUGGACAAAAUGCUCUGGGGCUUUGGGGCUGGGUGGGUCCACCCUUUAGUCUAAACGGAGGCCUUAAAACGGCUGCCCAGAGAGGGUGGGACAGGUAAUAGCACUGGCCAACACGGGUAGAGCCUGGGGAGUUGGGGGAAUACAGCUGCCCCUCAGCUCCAGCCCAUGGCCAGCACGCCGGGCAUACUUGUUGCUAGAGGGGACUUCUUAAGAGAAGCCCAGAAUAUGAAUUUUUAUGUAAAUUUCAAUAGGCAGUUAUUUGGGGGGAAAAAUUGUUCUCAGCAAACAAGAUAAGGCCCGCAGCCUGCUGCUGUGUGCCCUCUGGACGACUGCCCAGCGCCCCCUAAUUCUGGCUGCCCAUCUCUCAUUCAGGCACGCUGGCUGCUGCUCCAGGCCUCCCCUGUCCCCAGGCCAAAGAUGACCGCCAACAGCACCAGGGAGGCACCCAGCCCGGUUCCCAUGGGGGCCCUGGGGCUCUCCCUGGCCCUGGCCAUCCUCAUCAUCGCCGCCAACCUGCUCCUGGCCUUGGGCAUCGCCAGGGACCGGCACCUGCGCCGCCCGCCCACUGGCUGCUUCUUCCUGAGCCUGCUGCUGGCCGGGCUGCUCACGGGGCUGGCGCUGCCCGUGCUGCCCGGCCUCUGGAGCCAGAGCCGCCGAGGCUACUGGUCCUGCCUCUUCCUCUAUCUGGCGCCCAACUUCUCCUUCCUGUCCCUGCUCGCCAACCUCCUGCUGGUGCACAGCGAGCGCUACAUGGCAGUGCAGCAGCCCCUGCGGCCCCGCGGGAGCACAUGGCUGGCCCUGCUCCUCACCUGGGCCGGGCCCCUGCUCUUUGCCAGCCUGCCAGCCCUGGGGUGGAACCAUUGGGCCCCCGGCACCAACUGCAGCUCCCAGGCUGUCUUCCCGGCCCCCUACCUCUACCUUGAAGUCUACGGGCUCCUGCUGCCUGCCGUGGGGGCCGCCGCCCUGCUCUCUGCCCGUGUGCUGGCCAUGGCUCACCGCCAGCUGCAGGACAUCCGGCGGCUAGAGCGGGCAGUGUGCCGUGGCGCGCCAUCGGCCCUGGCCCGGGCCCUCACCUGGAGGCAGGCAAGGGCACAGGCCGGGGCCACGCUGCUCUUCGGGCUGUGCUGGGGGCCCUAUGUGGCCACCCUGCUCCUCUCAGUCCUGGCCUUCGAGCAGCGCCCGCCACUGGGGCCAGGAACUCUGUUGUCCCUCAUCUCACUGGGUAGCGCCAGCGCAGCAGCCGUGCCCGUGGCCAUGGGGCUGGGGGAUCAGCGCUACACAGCCCCCUGGAGGACGGCCGCCCGCAGGUGCCUGCGCAUGCUGCCCAGAAGGGCCCCCCACACUGGGCCUGGCCCCCGCACAGCCUACCGUACCAGUAGCCAAAGCAGCGUGAACCUUGACUUGAACUAGGGGAAGGGCCUCUGCUGGCUCCUGCUCGAAGCAUCUGUCCAUCUCCGCCACCAAGGCAGUCUCCUCUUGUCUCCCCGGCCCUGCAUCAGAGGCCCUGCCCUUAUCUGACCCCACCCUAACCUAAUAAACUCUGGCCAAG